AUGAGGCCACAGAAAAGAUCAUCUGUACGAGGAAACGAUUCGGGUUUCAGCCAAGGUGAAGUGUCCGGAUCGCUAGAGACCAGCGACCGGGAUUGCACACUGGAGGCCAAUGACCGAGACUGCACGCUCGAAGUCGAUAGACGGGUCGAGGAUACCAAUAAGGAAACUGUCAACCACAACCAAGCAGAAGCAGAAGCGGAUGAGAGCGGGGGUGAUCCUGGGCUUAGUACUGUGCAGCGCAAGCGGAGACCUCAUCGGAAAUGGUUUAUUUGCGGUGGUGUUAGUAUUGUGGUCCUUUUGAUUAUUAUUAUUGUGCCCUCCGUGAUUGCUUCUGUUAGAAAGGGACCCCUUUGA